CACGCACGCACGCGCACACGCACGCACGCACACACACAUCAGGCGCAGCACACACACACACACACACACACACACACACACACACACACACACACACGCGCGUAUACAGCCUCCUGCAGUAUCCCAUACGGCGCAGCGGCGUUUCCAACGGCAUACAAAGUGCGUCCUCGCCGGGGGAAUGAGAGGUGCAGUCGCCGGUUCUCGGAGCGCCCAGAGCGGCACAGUGAGGUCCUGCUGAUCGGGGGGUGCUGCUGGAAGUCCGCUGCUAUUUCUUUUUUGCCUGUGCAGGAAUCGCCUACUAACUUCACCUCUGCCCUGGAUUUAAAGUGGACAAGCCGUUUGAACGGGAUCUAACAGCACUUUGAGCAUUUCUCAUUUUUUGGGCGGGGGGGGGGAGUAAAAGGAGUUGGGGAUCGCUCUGGACGUGCCUCUUAUCCGCAGUGUCGAUGCGGCUGCGGCUGUGAAGUGAUAUCUGCAUAGAUUACAGGUGCAUAAUGUCCUCCAUCUCAAGAGAGGCUUGAUCCCGAUUGGCCGACAGCACUGGACUGUGCCUCCCUCCCUCUCCUCGCCACUCCCAACCUCAGAACAGCCAUGACGUCCCUCGCCAGGACACGGACCUGCUUAUUUGUGUGCUGCUUCCUGUCCGGUCUGCAGCUCCCUGCGACGUCACAAACAGUGGUGCAAGCCCCACAAGCCCACAGUGCCGGCUCCCAGGUGAUCACAGCGUCCCUCCAGGAGGGAGAGUAUUCAUCAUUUCAUGCUGAGAACCCUGUGUGGACAUUCAACCAUUUGGCAGUGGACUAUCGCAACGGCAAUGUUUAUCUGGGAGCCGUUAAUCGCAUCUACAAACUCUCCCCGAGCUUGGAGGUCCAGGUGUUCCACGAGACGGGCCCGGACGAAGACAACCGCAAGUGCUACCCGCCACGUAUCGUCCAACCCUGCAGCGAGCCGCUGUCGCUCACCAACAAUGUCAACAAGAUGCUUCUGAUGGACUAUCGGGAGAACCGGCUGCUGGCAUGUGGCAGCCUCUACCAGGGCAUCUGCAAACUCCUCCGCCUCGAUGACCUUUUCAAACUCGGAGAGCCCUUCCACAAGAAGGAACACUACCUCUCCGGUGUCAACGAGAGCGGCUCUGUAUUUGGCGUCAUCGUGUCGUAUAGCACGACCUCUCCGGACAUGCUGUUCAUAGCCACGGCAGUGGACGGCAAACCAGAGUACUUCCCGACCAUCUCCAGCCGCAAGUUGGCCAGAAACUCGGAGGAGGACGGCAUGUUUGCCUAUGUCUUCCAUGACGAGUUUGUGGCCUCUAUGAUUAAGAUUCCCUCAGACACCUUCACCGUCAUCCCAGACUUUGACAUAUACUACAUCUACGGUUUUGCCAGUGGGAACUUUGUCUACUUCCUGACGUUGCAGCCGGAAAUGGGGGGUGGGCCAACCACUGGAUCCUCCUCUUCCGGUCGGGAACAGGUCUACACCUCCAAGAUAGUCCGCCUUUGUAAGGCAGACACUGCCUUCAACUCCUACGUGGAGGUGCCGAUCGGCUGCAUCAGCGGCAACGUGGAGUACCGGUUACUGGAGGCGGCCUACCUGUCCAAAGCCGGGGCGAUCCUGGCGCGUUCCCUCGACGUGGCACCGGAUGAUGACGUUUUGUUCGCCGUCUUCUCAAAAGGCCAAAAGAGGCGUCCACGCAAGGCCUCGCAGGACUCUGCCCUGUGUGUCUUUUCGCUGCGGAAUAUCAAUGAUAAAAUCAAGGAGAGGCUGCAGUCCUGCUACAAGGGAGAGGGCACACUGGACCUGGCUUGGCUUAAAGUCAAAGAUAUUCCCUGCAGCAGUGCGCUCCUGACCAUCGACGACGACUUCUGCGGCCUCGACAUGAACGCGCCGUUGGGCGUGUCGGAGAUGGUGCGCGGCAAGCCUCUCCUCACUGACGGCGUGGACAAAAUGUCCUCCGUCAUCGCGUACGUCUACAAGAACCACUCGCUGGUCUUCGUGGGCGCGAAAAGUGGACGAGUGAAGAAGAUUCGGGUGGACGGCUCCUCUCGCGCUCAGCAGUACGAGACUGUGCAGGCGGUGGAGAAUGGACCCAUCCUCCGAAACAUGGCCUUCUCUUCUGACCACCAAUACCUCUAUGUCAUGUCUGACACCCAGCUGUCGAGGAUGCCGGUGGAGGAGUGUGACCAGUACUCAACCUGCACCCAAUGUCUCGGAUCUGGUGAUCCCCACUGUGGCUGGUGUGUCCUGCACAACAUGUGCACCAGAAAGGAGAAAUGCGAGCGCUCAUCAGAGCCCCGUCGCUUUGCAUCAGACAUCAAGCAGUGUGUGCGUCUCAGUGUCCACCCAAACAACAUCUCAGUGUCCCAGUUCAGUGUCACGUUGGUGUUGGAGGCCCACAAUGUCCCAGAACUUUCUGCGGGUGUCAACUGCACCUUUGAGGAUCUGGCAGAGAUGACUGGAUUGGUGGAGGGAAACCGGAUCAAGUGCUUCUCCCCUGCUGAGAAAGACAUGCCACGGAUUAUCGUUGAGAAAAGUGACCAUCAGAUUGUGCAGCUCUAUCUCAAGUCCAAGGAGACUGGUCUGGCCUUCGCAAACACCAGUUUUGUUUUCUACAACUGCAGCGUGCACAAGUCAUGUCUGUCAUGUGUGGGUAGUCCUUACCAGUGCCACUGGUGCAAAUACAGGCAUGAGUGUACCCACGACCCUCGCACAUGUUCCUUCCAGGAGGGCCGAGUCAAAAAGCCUGAGGGGUGUCCCCAGUUGCUGCCUGCAGAUCGGGUCCUGGUGCCGGUCAACGUGGUGAAGCCCAUCACACUGCGGGCGAAGAACCUCCCCCAGCCCCAGUCUGGACAGAGGGGGUACGAGUGUCUGCUGACCAUCCAGGGAAACGAGCACAGAGUCCCUGCCUUGCGUUUCAACAGCUCCUCGGUGCAGUGCCAAAACACAUCGUAUUUCUAUGAUGGGAUGGAGAUGAGCAGUCUUCCCGUGGAGCUGACCGUCAUCUGGAACGGAGAUUUCAGCAUCGACAACCCCGCCCACAACAAAGUCCAUCUGUACAAGUGCGACGCCCAGCGUGGGAGCUGUGGUUUGUGUCUGAAGGCGGACCCGCUGUUCGGAUGCGUUUGGUGCAAAGCGGAGAACCGCUGCGCGCUCAAACAGCACUGCCCCCACCCCGAGAACCAGUGGCUGGAGCACAACGGCAUCAACAGCAAGUGCACCCACCCGAAGAUCACACAGAUCACACCUCUGCGGGGUCCCAGGGAGGGCGGCACACUCGUGACUAUUCGUGGUGUGAACCUGGGACUGGAUUUCAUAGAGAUUCAGGACAAUGUGAAGGUAGCCGAAGUGGACUGCACCCCCAUACGCGAGGGCUACAUACCUGCUGAACAGAUUGUGUGUGAGAUGGGUAAAGCGGAGAAGAGCCAGUACACGGGGAAUGUGCAGGUGUGUGUCGGGGGUGGAGAGUGCAGACCAGAAUUCAGGGCAACGUCCUCCAAGUACUACUACUUUGUGAUCCCGAGGAUUCUCUACCUCAAGCCCAGUCGAGGGCCGGUCUCUGGCGGAACCGUUGUCAACAUCACCGGCAGCCACCUCGACGCAGGGAGCAACGUGUCAGUCAUGUUUAAAGACCAGCCGUGCACUGAUGUGAGGAGGGGCGGCCAGUGGCUCGCCUGCAGCACCCUGGCUUCCCUGCACGGCUGUGGAAACGUGUCCGUGUCUGUGAGCAUAGACAAGGCUCAUCUCCAGAAAGACCUGCGGUUUGAGUAUGUGCAAGAUCCCACCAUCACCAAGAUAGAGCCUGAGUGGAGCAUCUACAGUGGAUACACCCCAGUGACAGUGACAGGAACAAACCUGGACAUCAUUCAGACCCCACUCAUCAGAGCCAAGUACAACAGCCAUGAGACGUUCAAUUUGUGCCGGGUGCUGAGCCCCACCACCAUGCUGUGCCAGACCCCAGAGCUGCUCAUGAGACAGGCCAAGCAGCAAGAGGCGUCUGCGAGGCCCACUGAGUUUGGCUUUAAACUGGACGACGUGAUGUCUCUGAUGGCGCUCAACAACACCAACUUCAUCUAUUACCCCAAUCCUGAGUUUGAGCAACUCGGUGUGUCCGGAGUGCUGGAGCUCAAACCCGGAUCCCCCAUUAUACUAAAGGGGCGACACUUCCUUCCACCAACCAGUAAUGGGAAUGGGAAGCUGAACUACACUGUUCUUAUUGGAGAGAAGCCCUGCAUGCUAACAGUGUCGGAGACCCAGCUGCUCUGCGAGUCGCCCAACCUGACGGGCCGACACAGGGUCCUGGCACGGGUGGGUGGGAUCGAGUUUUCCCCAGGUGUGGUCCACAUCAUGUCCGACAGCCCGCUCAGCAGCACUGCAAUGAUCGGCAUCGCCGCAGCCGGAGCCCUGCUCAUCCUCGUCAUCGUGGUGGUUCUCAUUGCCUACAAGCGCAAGUCUCGUGAGAGCGACCUGACGCUGAAGAGGCUGCAGAUGCAGAUGGACAACCUGGAGUCGCGUGUGGCUCUGGAGUGCAAAGAGGCUUUUGCAGAGCUCCAGACUGACAUCCACGAGCUGACCAGUGAUCUGGAUGGAGCAGGGAUCCCCUUCUUGGACUACAGGACCUACACCAUGAGGGUCCUCUUCCCAGGAAUCGAGGAGCAUCCCGUCCUCCGAGAUCUGGAGGUGCCCGGCUACCGGCAGGAGCAAGUGGAGAAGGGGCUGAAGCUCUUCGGCCAGCUCAUUAACAACAAGGUCUUCCUGCUGUGCUUUAUUCGCACUCUCGAGGCCCAGCGUGGUUUCUCCAUGAGGGACCGUGGCAACGUGGCCUCUCUUAUCAUGACAGUGCUGCAGAGCAAGCUGGAGUACGCCACGGAUGUCCUGAAGCACCUGCUCUCUGACCUCAUCGACCGCAACCUCGAGAGCAAGAACCACCCCAAGCUGCUGCUGCGCAGGACUGAAUCUGUUGCAGAGAAAAUGCUGACCAACUGGUUCACGUUCCUUCUCUACAAGUUUCUGAAGGAGUGCGCCGGCGAACCUCUCUUCUCCCUCUUCUGUGCCAUCAAGCAGCAGAUGGAGAAAGGCCCCAUUGACUCCAUCACAGGAGAGGCCCGCUACUCGCUCAGCGAGGACAAGCUCAUCAGACAACAGAUUGACUACAAGAUGCUGGUGGUGAACUGCAUCCAUCCGGAGAAUGAGAAAAGCCCAGAGAUCCAGGUGAAGGUGCUGAACUGUGACACCAUCAGCCAGGUGAAGGAGAAGAUCCUCGAUGCCAUCUACAAGAACGUGCCACACUCCCACCGCCUAAAAGCCUCCGAUAUGGACCUGGAAUGGCGUCAGGGUCGAGGACAACGCACGAUCCUGCAGGACGAAGACCUCACCACGAAGAUCGAAGGGGACUGGAAGAGACUGAACCUGCUGUGCCAUUACCAGGUAACCGAUGAUGCAGUAAUGGCCUUGGUUCCCAAGCAAGUCACAGCCUACAACUCAGUCAACAAUUCCACUGUGUCUCGGACUUCUGCAAGUAAAUAUGAGAACAUGAUCAAGUACACCGGAAGCCCCGACAGCCUGCGUUCCCGCACUCCUAUGAUCACGCCCGACUUGGAGAGCGGGGUCAAGGUCUGGCACCUGGUGAAGAACCACGAGCACGGAGACCAGAAGGAGGGCGACCGCGGCAGCAAGAUGGUCUCGGAGAUCUACCUGACACGACUUCUGGCUACCAAGGGCACAUUACAGAAGUUUGUGGACGACCUGUUUGAGACCAUCUUCAGCACGGCCCACCGAGGGAGCGCUCUGCCGCUGGCCAUCAAGUACAUGUUUGACUUCUUGGAUGAGCAGGCCGACAAACACAACAUCCAUGACCCGCAUGUCCGACACACAUGGAAGAGCAACUGCCUACCUCUGCGUUUCUGGGUGAAUGUGAUCAAGAACCCCCAGUUUGUGUUCGACAUACAUAAGAGCAGCAUCACAGAUGCCUGUCUGUCUGUGGUGGCCCAGACCUUCAUGGACUCCUGCUCCACCUCAGAACACCGCCUCGGGAAGGACUCACCCUCCAACAAGCUGCUUUAUGCCAAGGACAUUCCCAGCUACAAGAGCUGGGUGGAGAGGUACUACUCAGACAUUAGUAAGAUGCAAGCGAUCAGCGACCAGGACAUGAACGCCUACUUGGCCGAGCAGUCACGGAUGCACAUGAACGAGUUCAACUCCAUGAGCUCUCUCAGCGAGAUUUACUGUUAUGUGGGGAAAUACACUGAGGAGAUCGUGUGUUCACUGGAGCAGGACGACGCAGCCCGGAAACAAAGGCUGGCCUUCAAGCUGGAGCAGGUGGUGGCCUUCAUGAGUCUGGAGAGCUGAGGACCACACUUCCCAGGGCGCACUGGGAAAAGACCCCAUCAGAAACCGAGCCGUGCCUGAGCGAAGACCCGUCCCCAUCUUUUUCAUCAUGCGACUUCCUCCCUCCGCCUUUCAAAGAUGAUGACUUCUUCCUUGACCUUUUUCUGCUUCCUCUUCCCCCAAGAACAUUUUUUUGUUUUCCUCAUCCACUCUGCUGCAUAGACUAGUUUACCUGAAGAUAUUGGAAGGGUGGUUCGGGGCUGAGGUCGGCGUUUCCCACAGUGCAAUGCGGGGAAUCCCUCAGCUUCACCACAGAGAAGCUUCAAGGGGUGAUUGCUUGAAAGCUGGCCAUAUUGGCAUACUUCAGUCCCCCUGCUGGAAGAAGAGGGGGAAAAACAUUUUUAUGUUGCCUUUAAUUCUUUAAAAUCCACAAUGUUGGGUGUCCAUUUUGUUGAGAACUUUUUUCAGAAGUAGGAUAGUGAAAACAUCUCUAGAGUCCAGUUUAUUGUAGUUCUAUAUUCAAUGUUCGGAAUCAAGAGGAAACAUCAGAAACGACGCCUGCAAGCCAAAUGAACACCUCUGAAGAAAAUUAAUGCAAGGAUGGUUUGCCAAGUUUACACUGUACCUACAAGCGACGCGUACAUAUCUGCAGAAUUUGGGGCGAGUCCAGGCAAAACCAGAAUGUUCUUGUGCUCUCUCUCUCUCUCUCUCUCAAUGUAGCUGGAGUUGUAAUUAAGAAAAAGACUGAUGGGGGCAGGGAAGAAUUAGUGCUUCUCUGGACUUUUCCGUGAUCGAAACGUGACUUGACACUAAAACUUUAAAAACCAGAACAUCCCCAAACUCCCUUUACAACAUUCACCCAUUUUUCCUGCCCAGCAUACCUUUGCUUAAAAAAAAACGCUCAUGAUUUCUGCUUCCAUCUGGCUUAUGUGGCUACUGCAAAAAUUAAACAAAACCCUGGAGGUCCUGGCCCAAGUUGGAUCCUCCGUAAGAAGCACACAACCAACUCGGGACGACGGUGUUCCGACCGCUCGUCCAGACACCGGGAGCGGUCGUUCUCCGGCUCUUGCCACUUCCAAUCUUGUGUCGCCACUGCGGCAGUCUAUCAAAGCACACACACACGCACAGAUACACACACACACACAAUCAGCAGCUGCACAAGAUCUUGACUGCCCAGAUAUCUACGCCAACCCUGCAGGAGGUAAAGGGAAAAGCUGACUGAAAUGUACUGGGUGAGAAACUGCUUGGACACGUCAAAUGAGAAGAAUGAUUCUCCGGUGUAGCCCGAGACGGCCGACCGCUCUCUAACGGGCUCUGUUGUGAGAGCAGCGCUUCUUUCCCAGGAUGUUCUCAUCGAAAGACUUUUGUGUGGAGAAAUCAACCAAGAUGGACUUAGUCGGUCAGCCGAAAACCAAAGGAGCUUGACAUUUUCAAAACAGUCAAAAAUGUAUUUGUAAAAUGCCACUGAGGAACCGACGAAAAAGACGACCACUUCUAGGACAAAAAAAAUAUUGUGACUGAAACUUUACGUGAUUUUUCUGACCUCAGUGUGUCGAGGUGAGAGGCUCUGUGGGCGAGGUGAUGCGAUCCUCCUUCCUCUUUCCAUCGUCCCGGGUCUCUCCGGUUCUCGGCACACCGUUCGCCCUUGUGUCCGGCUCCCGACUUACCAGUUUUCUUUUCUGUUUUGCACAAGCGUUGGAGAUGGUAGCUAGUUGCAUACAGCAAAAUCCUAACUGUUGAGGCGCUCUUGUCUGUAUUAGUGUAGUUGUCCUCAGUGGCGGCAGGGGGGGGGGGGGGACCUUCUCCAAGCCUCAGAAAAAAGAAAAAAAGAAGAAAAAAAAUCGGAUAGAGCAGGAAACAGAACAAGAAGUGAACAUCACGGCAGGAUCAAUAGAAAAAGUUAGACAUUAAAAGUAGAUACGACUUGUUGGAGAGAGCGAUUGAAAGAGAGAUGAUGGAGGCGCCCUCCGUACCUUUUGACCUCUGCCCUUUCUUUUGCCUUGACAACGUGCCCCAUGUGGUGAUGUGAAUGUGUGAAGACCGCCCUCGGUCCACCUUGGGUCCUUUAUUGGCUUUUUAAGCGCAUGUAAAACGUAAACAAUUUAAGAAACUUAUUUAAAAAAAAGUGAAAAAUAAGAAAAUUAAGCCUUGCAAUGAUGAUGUGGAUGUGUUCUUUUAUCUUUCUUUUGCUUGGAAGAAUCGAGAUGGAAAAAGUGGAUUGUUCUUGUAAUAAAAACUAUAACUUCCGUUGAAGGUGGAACCUUUAUCCAGUUCAACCCCUAAUGCAGAACCUCAUGCCCAUGGUUUUUGUGAAGUUUUAGAUGCUAAAUAAAACAGAUAUUAUAUACCCUUGCAUGUUGACCUACUUGGAUGGUAUGAAAUAGAACUGCCUUGCUCAAAGAUAUUUAUAAACUUCUACUACUACUUGGGACUUUAAAGUAAUUUACAAGUCAACUGUUAGUUUUAAGAUUAUGGAUCUCACACGAAGAUAACAUGAACCCUGUUUUUAAUUUAUUGUCCCAUUUACCGUGGCCUCCAUUACAGGCCUCCAGUGUUUUGCGACAGCCGGGUCUUUUAGUUGUGGCACACAAGCUAGCUUUGCUUAUACAUCUCAUGUUGGUACCUCUCUAUAUAGCAUUACAUUGGACAUUUCAUCAUUACCGCUUACAAUCUGGGUCUCCAUCACUUGAGACCAGAACAGAAACAUGAUUGGAAAAGUAUGAAGCUGUCCAAAUAAGUAAAGAUGGCCACUUAUGAGAGAAAACAGACAUGGUUCUACAAAGGGUUAAUUUCAUAAAAAGGCAACAAAGAGUUCAUCAGUUUGCUAUCAUCACUAAAUCAUAAUGUUACUAAAGGAGAAAGAAAGAAAUACCCAUAAGAAACAAUGUAUACAUCAGACAGAAAACCGGAACUUUAUAACAAGAAAGGCUUAUUAGGCUUACUGGUAGACUUAUGUUUAAGACUGAGGUUGGCAAGUAGCGGUUUCUUUCUUAGCCCUUGUGUCAAAUGUAUGUGAGAUAGUCAUGUCCAUUCAUUACUGUGCAGCGAUUCAGUAGGAUGAACGUCCUGGAGGGGUACAUUCACAUGGAGCGUGCUGGACAUGUUAUUUAGUAAACAUAGCAAACCAAUUCCACUCUGUUAUUGGGAAAGGAGGGGAAUCAAUAUUGAUUUAGGGACAUGACAUGAUUAAUUCAUGCAAAAGCUGGCAUUGACCUUGUUAGAAACAUAUUUAAAUAAGAUAAUUUCAAAGAAACCCCUUGUAUUCACGUAGCCAAUGUAUACUCCGUCUAUAUACCCAAAGCUUCCCCUCCCUGCCGUGUGAGUCCUGGACUGUCCUUGUGAAUCUACCCCCAGAGUCAUUCCUCCCGUUUCCUUCCCCUGUAACCAAGGUCGCCUUGCGUUGCCAACACCACAGAUAAAGUUUCCACCUUCAAACGUCUUGUAGGAACUUAAAUGUCCUCCUCGCUCAGUGUUAUAGCAGGUGUUACAGAAACAUGCUAGAAAAGACUUUUACUAGACCAUAUUUGAAAGAUAAAGAGUAUCUUAUCAAGAGACAAAACAGAAACCUGGGGGAUAUAAGGCGAGCUUCUCUAACUUUGUUAUAAUUGUAUACCUGUGUAUGUAAAUAUAAUGCAUUCCUAUUUUGCAGUCAAGAACAAAAUACUAUUUGUAAUAUAGAAUAAACUUUAUUAUGAAACCAA